CUUUGCGCGCAACGGCUUCAAGACAUACAUGCCGGAUCUGUUCGCCGGGGACUCCAUCGGCGCCGAUGCCAUGAGCGUGCGUGCCUCCCACACCCUCCUCCUCCUCCUCCUCCUCCACCCCGCACCCGCCCGCCUGACCGAUCCCCGCACCCGCAGACCGGCAAAUUCAACCUCGCCGAGUGGUUCCCGAACCACACCCAGGAGAAGACGCGCCCCAUCAUCGACACGUUCAUCGCCGC